AUGGCGCAAUUCAACCUCUACCCAGGUGUCCCCUCAGAUCUCUUGAGUACGGCAUUCAACAUUAGCUCUGGCUGCUUGACGGCUCUCAAUGCCACCCUUAGUUGCGAUCAAGACCUCUUUUCCAUGGCUGGAAACGCUGAUGGGUUCUUCUGGAGCGAUGACAAUGCUACAGCACUUUGCACUGGUGCUUGCCAGAACUCAGCAGCUUUGUGGUGGAAUAGUUGCGCAGAUGCAUGUGCCAACGACCAGUUGAACGCGUAUGGAAGAAUAUAUCCUGCCCAGACCAUACCCGGGCGCUUUGUGGACGGCUUGAACAUCGUUUGCGUCACUGCAAAUACCGAUCUAACUCUGGACGUUGGGAUCAACGGCACCAUCACGAAUUCAACAUUCCUUGACAACAGUACAACUGCAUCUGCCACCAGUGAAAACCUGGUCUCUCGCCAAACAUCCAGCGUAUCUCAGUAUUGUCUUGUCCAGUCCUACGACUGGGUUGGAUCGGAUAUUAUCCGCCCAGACUGCACUGACCCUGCCAACUCCAACGCCUCUCAAUGUGUUGAUCCUACGGACGUCCCGCCCGAGAACGAACGGCUUGCAAACCUCUACCCAGACGACUUGCUGUGCUCGCAGUGCUUUUUGAGCAUGUUCUACCUGCGGAUUGCAUCUCCUUUCCUGCCGGAUGUGGAUCAUUCAGAUUACCUGGUUGAUCAAUGGUUUGACAUUCUUGACGUCUGCAACGCCACUUCAAAAGUACCCGAUCUCCUCGUUCGAAACCUUCCUUAUUAUCAAUAUGCUCCAGGAGAAUCGGACAACUGGGUCGACAACACAACGUACGGUUUCAGCGACCUUCAGCCUCUCGGAGGCAAUGGAACGACCAAUGUGACUUGUCAAGCCCGGAGCAUCAAUUUGGCUGAUCUGAAUCCUCCGGGUAUCGAUUAUACCACCCAAACAACUUGUGAUGUCAUGGCCUCGUUCUUGAAUACAUCAACGGGUGAUAUAUGGCAGAUGUAUCAAAAUCCAGACUGCAUGCCUGAUUUUGAUUAUACCGAGAUUCCGGUUGUGUGCCUUCCAUUCUCUUGCUCUGUUACCCAGCUGAACGCAAACACGACCUGUGAUCAAUUCGUCGCAACUCUUCCGGCUAUAGGUAACAACACCAUCACCACCACACAGUUCCUCUCGUGGAAUCCGAAUCUCAUUGGUAUCUGUGAUAAUACGACCGAGCAAUAUGUUUGCACGAGCGCACCAGGCGGUACUUACAUCUCACCCCCAACGAAUAUAACGACUAGUAGCGGGGACUCGCGUGGUGGAGGUAACGGAAGUGGGACAUCCACUGGAAGUAGUGGGGUUGGUGGCUCCUCCAGAAACUCCACUCUCGUAGCGCCCGGUGGCACUCCACCCAGCCCAACCCAGUCUGGCAUACCAUCAACAUGUGAUCGGUAUGCCCAGGCUCAGUCGGGCGAUGGCUGCGACUCUUUCAGCCUGGACUUCGGCAUCACAUCACAGCAGUUGGAGACGUGGAAUCCUGUUCUUGGGUCAAAUGGCGAGAACUGUCUCACGCAGUUCUUCGCUGGGUACUGGUACUGCGUUGGACUUGUAGGCUCUGCAACAAGUACAGCCACCACUUCCACAACCAGCUCCACGGGUGUACCUACUCCGUCACCAGUCCAAUCCGGAAUCGACCCGCAAUGUACGAAAUAUUCCGAGGCCGUCUCCGGAGAUAGCUGCAUCGCUUUCGCCUCAGCGAAUAAUAUCACUCCCGCCCAGCUUUAUAGCUGGAACCCAGUCCUUGGUAGCGGAGGCUCGAAUUGCGGCUCAGGUUUCUGGGCCAACGAGUACUAUUGCGUCGGCGCGCCUGAUGGUUCAGCUACUACAACAACUGCUCCUACAAGCACGGCUGUAGCCACCCCUUCGCCAAUCCAGUCAGGUAUAGACCCGCAAUGUACGAAAUUUGCUGAAGCUGCCUCGGGAGAUUCUUGCCCCGGCUUCGCCACGAAGAACGGUAUCACGGCCACCGAGCUCUACUCCUGGAACCCAGUCCUCGGCGCAGGAGGUGCGAACUGUAAUUCUAAUUUCUGGGCCAACGAAUACUAUUGUGUUGGUGCACCUGGAAGUUAG